CUGAUCAGUGGAGAACAUGUGGGUUCACUGGCCAUGAGUGAAGCUGGUUCUGGUUCCGACGUGGCAUCUAUGAGUCUCACUGCCGUGAGGGAUGGUGAUCACUAUAUCCUGAACGGCACGAAGUUUUGGAUAACCAAUGGUGCACUUGCGGAUGUGCUGUUUGUCUACGCUCGCACUAAUCCACUUGCAGAUAAGCCUCAACAUGGAAUUAGUGCAUUCAUUGUUGAAAAGAAUACUCCAGGUUUCAGUAUAGGGCAGCAACUGGACAAGUUGGGAAUGCGGGGCUCACCAACAGCUGAGCUUGUCUUUGAAGACUGCAAGAUUCCUGCUAAGAACCUGGUUGGGGAACUCAACAAGGGCAUGUAUGUCCUCAUGAGUGGCCUGGAUUUGGAGCGCUUGGUUCUGGCUGCUGGACCAGUCGGCAUAAUGCAGGCGUGUUGUGAUGUUGCCUUCGACUAUGUACAUACUCGUAAGCAAUUCGGCCAGCCAAUCGGGACAUUCCAGCUCAUGCAAGGCAAGAUAGCUGACAUGUACACAACACUGAAUGCCUGCCGCGCAUACUUGUACAGUACAGCCAAGGCUGUGGACCAGGGGCAUGUCCUGUCUAAGGAUUGUGCUGGGGUCAUUCUAUACUGUGCAGAGAAAGCAACACAAAUGGCUCUAGAUGCCAUUCAGUGCUUAGGUGGUAAUGGCUACAUCAAUGACUACCCGACGGGUCGGCUACUUCGUGAUGCCAAGCUGUUCGAGAUUGGUGCAGGAACUAGUGAAAUUCGUCGACUUAUCAUUGGUCGGACUAUCAACCAGGAGUACAAGUGAGGUCUGAUACCAUGUUUUGUUGUUCAUGAUCACUUUUUCAUUCAUGGUAUAUGCUGUUCUGAAGCUGGUGAGAGUGCUGCUGUGGUUUUCUGUAGUCAAUAUUGAUGCAAUGAAUGGGCUGUAAGCAACCAUACUUUUAUGUAGCAUUUGCUUUGUUGCUUCCAAACACAAUUUUUGAAAAUAUACAGGCUUUUUACGCCAACUUUUUUUACAAGUCAGUGUAUGAUAUCACCGAUUUGUUUGGUUAUAAAAGUUUUGAUCGCUUUGUUCUCAUUAACACACGUUGUGUGGCAGGUGAGCUCUCUUUUACCAGAAAAAUUGCAGAUGAGAAAUAUGAUUUCGCAUUUAGACUGAUGCCUUAGAGUGAUUGUCUUCAGCAUCAAUGAGUAUUGCACACCAGGCACUGAAGUGGUGGAUGCAAAUAUCAAGUUAUUCUUCUCUUGAAGUGCUUGCAUAUUUUGAUUUUGUGACUAAUGGCUGGUGUUUUGUAAUAGUUGAGAUUAUGUACACGCCACCCAAGUGGUACCUGAUACUAGUGAAAUUUUCAUUUAUGCCUGUACACAAAAAUUUCAGUGUUCACUUUAUUCCUAAAUGCAUUAUGAGGCAAAGUCACAUUUUCUUUACAAGUUUUAUGUACUUGUAUUUAUGAGAGUACAGAUAUUUUGUGACUCAGUCGUUGUAGCAGAUCAGCGAUUUUGAGCCAUCGUCUUCCAUAUGUGAUAUUUUUACGGUUUCAUAAGUAGGGUGCUGUUCUCAGUGCAAUCUUGGUGUCGUUUCUAUCUGAAUCACCAUAGUUUUUUUUUUUUUUUUCACUUCUGGACAAGUUGUGAUAGUGAAGUAAAGUAACUCAGAUAAGCAACUCUUUAAGCACCUUAAAGCAUAUUUACACUAGAAGUGUAUGAAAAUAUAUGAGGUUCAGUUAUCACUGCAAUGUCACAUUGAUCAUGGCUUCAAUUGAUUGUUUGUUGCAGCUUAGCAUGCUGUUGAGAGUAGUUGGUUCACUGACUACAUUUGCCAUAAGCCUUUAGGAUUUUUUUCUUUGUGAAAUCAGCAAUAUGCUAACUGCAGUCACAUAGCAUGUUCUUAACUACUGCACGUGUGUUUCUGGUUGUGUGUAUUGGUAUGAUUGUUUGUGUCCAUGUUUUAAGUUGUUCCGAUGGAGGCGGAAAUGUUGUAGGCCCGUGUACUCAGAUUUGGGUGCACGUUAAAGAACCCCAGGUGGUCAAAAUUUCCGGAGCCCUCCACUACGGCGUCUCUCAUAAUCAUAUGGUGGUUUUGGGACGUUAAACCCCACAAAUCAAUCAAUCAAAUGUUUUAAGUUGUAUUCGCUUGUGCUGUCUUUCUAAUUUUGUGACAAUGUGGGUACUUUUCUGUCUGACGGGUUCAGAGAGGUACCUGAUGUUUAGAUAUGUUCUGAGAUAUAUAUAACUUGCUGUUUCAUUGUAGUAGAAUGAUAUCUUGCUGGCAUGGAAAAUGAAGAUGAACUGCAUUUAUGUAUUGCUUUGUCUUGCUGCUGCAUGGUAGACUUCUCACAGAAGCAAAACACUGCAGUUGUCUGUAAUUUGUCGCUUUUGAUUUGUGAGCAAGCUUAUCAAACAAAACUUUUGUCGCUUCGUUAUUUAAAACCUUCAUUGUUCUAAAUGAAAAACCUCUCGCCACACUCCUGUGACACUCUUUAGUUGUUGCUAGGUGUUCUUUUUGUUUGCCGUCAUGGGUUCUGUAUUUGUCAUUAUUUUGCAAAUUUUUUUAUUUUGUCCAUUUAUGUGCAAGCUCAAUGGCAUUAGCUUAAUGUAUCUUUGCACUGUGUUCAGUAAUCUCAAUUAGCUUUAUUCAGUCUCCACUUGAGUCUAUCCUAAAAGCACUGUGGUCAUUCAUAUGUGACUAUAGUAUUUUGCAGCUCUUCUGUGUUCUAACCCUAUCAUUAUAUCUCAUAGACGUGAGCAGUGUUUUGUACUGCACCUCGAGAAUGCUUCUUAUUCUAGUGAAAAAUAAAAUGUAGUUAAUGCGAGUGCAUUCAUUCACAAUGAGAACAGCAUGUGGAUACAUGGUGACCAGGAACGUCUGUCUCACUUCAGAAAAGAAAAAAAUGAAACAUGUUGGUUUGUAAGAGAUUUAUUUCAAUAAGUUACUGUACAGUGACAAAUAAACCUGCGUACAGCUGAA